AAUAAUAAUAAUAAUAAUAAAAAUAAUAAUAAUGAUAAUAAAAAUAAUAAUGAUAAUUAUAAUAAUAAUGAUAAUAAUGAUAAUAAUAAUAAUAAUAAUAAUAAUAAUAAUAAUGAUAAUAAUGAUAAUAAUAAUAAUAAUAAUAAUAAUAAUAAUAAUAAUAAUAAUAAUAAUAAUAAUAAUAAUAAUAAUAAUAAUAAUAAUAAUAAUAAUAAUAAUAAUAAUAAUAAUAAUAAUGAUAAUGAUAAUGAUAAUUAUAAUAAUAAUGAUAAUAAUGAUAAUAAUAAAAAUAAUAAUAAUAAUAAUAAUAAUAAUAAUAAUAAUAAUAAUAAUAAUAAUAAUAAUGAUAAUAAUGAUAAUAAUAAUAAUAAUAAUAAUAAUAAUAAUAAUAAUAAUAAUAAUAAUAAUAAUAAUAAUAAUAAUAAUAAUAAUAAUAAUAAUAAUAAUAAUAAUAAUAAUAAUAAUAAUAAUAAUAAUAAUAGUAAUAAUAAUAGUUAUAAUAAUAGUUAUAAUAAUAGUAAUAAUAAUAGUAACAAUAAUAGUAAUAAUAAUAGUAAUAAUAAUAGUAAUAAUAAUAGUAACAAUAAUAGUAAUAAUAAUAGUCAUAAUAAUAGUAAUAAAAAUAGUAAUAAUAAUAGUAUUAAUAAUAGUAAUAAUAAUAGUAAUAAUAAUAGUAAUAAUAAUAGUUAUAAUAAUAGUAAUAAUAAUAGUUAUAAUAAUAGUAAUAAUAAUAGUAAUAAUAAUAGUAAUAAUAUUAGUUAUAAUAAUAGUAAUAAUAAUAGUAAUAAUAAUAGUAAUAAUAAAAGUAAUAAUAAUAGUAAUAAUAAUAGUAAUAAUAAAAGUUAUAAUAAUAGUAAUAAUAAUAGUAAUAAUAAUAGUAAUAAUAAUAGUAAUAAUAAUAGUAAUAAUAAUAAUAAUAAUAAUAAUAAUAAUAAUAAUAAUAAUAAUAAUAAUAAUAAUAAUAACAAUAAU